GCAGGAAGUGAGAGGAAACCGAGCAAUCGAGCGGGCUGAACCGAGCUGAACCGAGCCGAGCCGAGCCAGCGACUGCUCUGGUCUGGUGGGUCUGUGUUCGGUGUGGUCGGUGUGGUUGUCUGGACCUGCGGGCACCGCUACAUGUGCUGAGGUCGAGCAGAGCCGCCAGGAUGCCCACGGUCACGCUGCCGCCGAAGGAGAACGCUCUGUUCAAGAGGAUCCUGCGAUGUUACGAGCACAAACAAUACAGAAAUGGGCUCAAGUUCUGCAAACAAAUCCUGUCCAACCCCAAGUUUGCAGAACACGGAGAGACGCUGGCGAUGAAGGGCUUGACCCUGAACUGUCUAGGGAAGAAGGAGGAGGCCUACGACCUGGUGAGAAGAGGCCUGCGCAAUGACCUCAAGAGCCACGUUUGCUGGCAUGUGUACGGUUUACUGCAACGCUCGGACAAGAAGUACGACGAGGCCAUCAAGUGUUACCGCAACGCUCUGAAAUGGGACAAGGACAACCUGCAGAUCCUCCGAGAUCUGUCCCUGCUGCAGAUCCAGAUGAGAGACCUGGAGGGCUACAGGGAGACCCGGUACCAGCUCCUGCAGCUGCGUCCAGCCCAGCGGGCCUCUUGGAUCGGCUACGCCAUCGCUUACCACCUGCUGGAAGAUUAUGAAAUGGCAGCAAAGAUCAUCGAAGAGUUCAGGAAAACACAGCAGACGUCUCCAGACAAGGUGGACUACGAGUACAGCGAGCUGCUGCUCUACCAGAACCAGGUGCUGCGAGAAGCCGGUCUCUACAAGGAGGCCCUGGAACAUCUGUGCAACUACGAGAAGCAGAUCUGUGAUAAACUGGCAGUGGAGGAGACACGAGGGGAGUUGAUGCUGAAGCUGGAGCGUUUUGAGGAGGCGACAGAAGUGUACCGACGUCUGCAGGAGAGGAACCCCGAGAACUGGUCCUAUUACCACGGUCUGGAGAAGGGCCUGAAACCACGCAACGUAGAGGAGAGACAGAAGAUCUAUGAAGAAGUUUGGGAGAAGUUUCCCAGAGGACUGGUUCCUCGCAGGCUGCCCCUCAACUUCCUCUCUGGUGAGAAGUUCAGGGACGUCCUGGACCGGUAUCUGAGAAUGAACUUUAGUAAAGGCUGCCCGCCUGUCUUCACCACGCUCAAAAUCCUGUACAAAGACCCGGAAAAGGUGGCAAUAAUAGAAGAAUUGGUGGUCAGCUAUGAAACCUCAUUACGAAGUUGUAGGAUGUUCAGCCAGAACGACGACGGUAAGGAGGAGCCUCCGACCACGUUACUGUGGGUGCAGUACUUCCUGGCGCAGCACUACGACAUGAUCAGCCAACAGACGCUGGCCCUAGACUACAUCAACACAGCCAUUGACAGCACGCCUACGCUCAUCGAACUCUUCCUCAUCAAAGCCAAGAUUUACAAGCACGCUGGGAACAUCCGAGAGGCUGCCCAGUGGAUGGACGAGGCCCAGGCCCUGGACACCGCCGACAGAUUCAUCAACUCCAAGUGUGCCAAGUACAUGCUGAAGGCCGGCCUGGUCAAAGAGGCGGAGGAGAUGUGCUCCAAGUUUACACGGGAGGGAGCGUCAGCGGUGGAGAACUUGAACGAAAUGCAGUGCAUGUGGUUCCAGACCGAAUGUGCGCUCGCCUACAAGUCCAUGAACAAGUUUGGAGAAGCCCUUAAGAAGUGCCAUGAGAUCGAGAGGCAUUUUGUGGAGAUCACGGACGACCAGUUUGACUUCCACACCUACUGCAUGAGGAAGAUGACCCUACGCUCCUACGUGGACCUCCUGAAGCUGGAGGACGUCCUCCGGAUGCAUCCCUUCUACUGCAAAGCCGCCACCACGGCCAUCCAGAUCUACCUGAGCCUGCAUGACAAUCCACUGACCGACGACAGCAAAGAGCUGCAGGCUGAUACCGCAAACCUCUCGGACAAGGAGCUGAAGAAGCUGAGGAACAAACAGCGGAGAGCCCAGAAGAAAGCUCAGCUGGAGGAGGAGAAGAAGAACGCCGAGAAGGAGAAGCAGCUGAAGAACCAGAAGAAGAAGAAGGAAGAUGACGACGAGGAGAUCGGAGGACCGAAGGAGGAGCUCAUUCCUGACAAACUGGUCAAGGUAGAAAAUCCACUGGAAGAAGCUGUCAAGUUCCUGAUGCCUCUCAAGCAGCUGGUCAAAGACAAGAUCGACACACACCUGCUGGCUUUUGAGAUCUACUUCAGGAAAGAAAAGUACCUGUUGAUGCUGCAGUCGGUGAAGAGAGCGCUGGCCAUCGACCCCGACCACCCGUGGCUGCACCAGUGUCUGGUGCGCUUCUUCAAGGGAGUGUCGGAGGGCAGGGACGUGCCUGAGGUGGUCAGGACGGUGCUGAAGCAGGAGAUCACCCGGCUGUUUGGAGACAGCAACGCCAAGAGCUUCAACCAGGCCCAGCUGGCCAAGCACUCCAACUCCAUACCGCACCGACUCGCCGCGGCCAAGAUGAUGGUGCAUCUGGACUCAGCCAUGGAAACAAAGGCAGCCGAGCUGGCCACCGCGCUGGACGAGUCGCUAAGCAACAGAACCAUAACCAUCUGCACAGACGUCCUGGAGACUCUCCGGAGCGGCAUGUUCGGCGACUGCAAGGAGCAGGCGGAGACGUACCGCGCCGAGUGCCACAAGCUGUACCCGUACACGCUAGCGUUCAUGCCCCCCGGCUACGAGGAAAGCACCAAGAUGGCCAACGGAGACGUUUCCACGGAAACGGAGGAACUCGCCAAUGAGAUGUGAUCUCGGCAGGACGACGUCGGACGAGAAAAGGAAUCGGGUGGAGCACGAAGCCUUGUGGUACGCCGGGCAGCCAUUCUGCAGAGCCGGCAAACGAAAGGGGGCCUUUGGUCCUUGGGCUCAGCGUAAUCAGUUCAGACUUGGCUCUGCCACCUGGUUCAGGGGAAGUUCAGGACUCCGUGUGUGUGUGCGUGUGUGUGUGUGUGUGCGUGUGAAUGCGUGUGUGUUUGUGGCAGGAGGGGUGGGGGUGAAGAGGAAGAUGACAGAGCAAACCUUUUACUUUUUUAACAGUCUACAACGAUGCUGAACAUGAAAAUAAACGGCCGUGGUGAAGCAGACGGGGGAAACUGGCCAACGCUCAGACACGAACUCCGGGUCCCGUCUGUGACGAGCGACGGCGGCGACGGCGGCCUCUCAGCUCCGUUCAGCUCCGCUGCUCCAGCUCAGCGCUGCUCCAGCACAUCAAUCUCAUACUGUGUUACCUUAUUUUAAUAGAAGAUCUAAUUUAAACAGAAACGGGACACAGCAGUCACUCGGGGAGGGUGUUGGUCGGGGCGGGUAAGGGUCUGAUCUCUGAUCUCUGAUCUGAGCAGGACGGCUUGCUGAGGACGGACCGGGAGGGGCCCGGCCCCCCCGGGGGGCUCGGCCCAGGCAGCGUUUGAUCAGAAUGUGCUUCCCUCGCGGUUCCAGGCGCCACCUGGGAACGUUUCCUCCUCCGCCAGUCCCUGCGGAGCACCUCGUAGCAGCAGAGUAAAAACUGUAACCCUUGUGUGUCGUGCUCCAUUUCAGAUGCACUGCUGCUCCUCCGUUUUUGUUCUCAAACUCCGUUUCUGACAGACGGGUCAAACUAAGCAAUACCGCGGCCGCCUCCCCGUACAACGGCCCCCCGCGUUCGUUUCUUGAUCUGAUACUAGUGGUUACGCUGAGCCUGCAGCCGGGCUACGUACCGGGUUUAUGUGCAGGUGCACGAGUGUUUACACACGUGGUUCCGGUAGAGAGCAGAAAUCAGCACCGAGACCUGCUGCAAAAGUGACGGACGGGAAAAUGUUACGAGGUGAGAAGACGUUUGCACUUCUGGACGCAGUUUGACUUCUCCUGUUGCCCUCAUGUUCAGUAAUCUCUUUUCUUCCCCUUUUUCCUCUAAUUUGGGUUAUAAUGUGAAAGAAGAAAUCUGAUAUGGUGAUGUAUGAUAUCUCUGGAGUUUUGUAUUAAAAUCAAAAGG